UCAAGAGAGAAAGUAGGUUACUUUCCUUCAGUCCAAAGCCAAAGCCAUGGGCGUUGGUGAGCGGUUUCUUCAGCUAACUUAAAUUCCUCUUUCAUUUUUACGUUCCUCUUUAAUUCUCUCUCUAAUCAAUUCUGUAAGAUAUAAUAUCUCAUCAAUUUCUCCGUAAACUCGAAUCACCAUCUGAUCUCUCUCUGUGUGUCAAACGCCAUGGUUACAACGAGGAUCAUAUUCGGACUUCUUACUUUUGUUACAGUUGGAAUGAUUAUUGGUGCUUUGUUUCAGUUGGCAUUUAUACGGAGAUUGGAGGAGUCAUCUGUUUCAGGAUUUUCUCGUUGGGAGAAUGACCACGAGGCAAAGAUGCUCCGAAUCGGAUUUGUCAAACCUGAGAUUGUCAGCUGGGCACCCCGAAUCAUUGUCCUGCAUAAUUUCUUAAGUUCAGAGGAAUGUGAUUAUCUAAAAGCAAUUGCUAGGCCUCGCCUCCAGAUUUCUACUGUAGUGGACGCAAAAACAGGCAAGGGAAUUAAGAGUAAUGUUAGGACAAGUUCCGGCAUGUUUUUAAGUAAUGAAGAGAGGAAGUAUCCUAUUGUACAGGCAAUUGAAAAACGGAUUUCAGUAUUCUCUCAAGUACCAGUAGAAAAUGGAGAGCUUGUUCAAGUUUUAAGGUAUGAACAGAAUCAGUACUACAAGCCACAUCAUGACUACUUUUCUGACACUUUUAACUUGAAGCGAGGAGGUCAGCGAAUUGCAACCGUGCUCAUGUAUUUGAGCAACAAUGUGGAGGGGGGAGAAACUUACUUCCCCAUGGCCGGGACAGGAGAAUGUAGCUGUGGUGGGCAAAUGGUGAAGGGGUUGUCUGUAAAACCUAAUAAAGGAGAUGCAGUUCUUUUCUGGAGCAUGGGACUUGAUGGGAAGGAAGAUCCUACUAGUAUACAUGGAGGAUGUAAAGUCUUAUCAGGAGAGAAAUGGUCAGCUACGAAAUGGAUGAGGCAAAAAACAACCAACUAAUUCCUCUUCGAUUGCAGCCCAUUUAAAACAUCUUGGGCACAUCUUGUAUACACAUUUUUAGCCAGAAAGUUAGUCAUUGAUAGAGGUAGUUCACAUACACACACAAUAACACUGAGUUGUAGAUUAGAUCAAAUAUGGUUACUUUAGUCGAUGGUGGGGGUCGGUUCCACAGUUUUAGAAAUCAAACUUGAUAUCAGCUUAAACAUUCAUUCAUAUUUCAAAAAUGUUGAUGUUGCUGAUGUUUGCUAAUUCGAAAAAAAAAUAAAGUUAUCAUUUUCUUAGGAAGUAA